GACCGUUAUGCGUUUGGGACCGUCGGGGCAAUCCCUCCCGUCGUUCGAAAUCUUGGUGGCAGCAAUCGGUGGCAGUCUCUUGCAGUCUGGUCGUGAAGAAGAUUUGGAGGGAAGAAAAUGCUCGACGUCCUUGCAAUUCUGGAUUGACAUUGUGCAGAGGACGGUGCCAGUGUUCAGAAUCUGGAGUUUCAUGACAAGUUGUUUGAUGUCUUAGGGAGGGCGUGAUUUGCACAAGUUCCGUGGUUCCAGUGGCAGCUUGCAGAAGUGGCAGAAGUGGCAGAGUGACUUUUGGGCUUUUCUCGAGAAAGAUGCAAGGUCAGACGGGGCCUUCUGGCCCGGGCUCCAAGGGGAAGACUCCAGCUGACGAGGGAGACCAUGGGGGAGAAGACAAGGAGGAGGUGUCCGGUCGUGGUCAUCAGGAGGAGGAGAAGGAGAAGGAGCUUAGCGAGGAAGGUGGGAGCAAGGCUACAUUUGACCCGGGUCAGCCUUCGUCUAGUGGAGGAAAACGAGAAGCUGAGCGGAGUGUGAGUGACGAAACACGGGUUGGGUUAAAGCAAGUUUUAGUAGAGCAAUCUCUUGGGGAUAAUGUCAGUUCAGGAAGCUCGGAAAAGCGGCUUCAGCCCAUAGCACCACCAGCCAGGUCUUUGGACGAAAUCUGGACGUCAAUUGUAGCGGCUGAGUCAAAUACGGACCACCGAUUUGGAUUUCGAUUUUCUGAAGGCCCGAGUAGGUUAGAAAUGCAAAGGAGGGCGGCUGCACAAGCUCCUAUUCACCAAGAGCCUUCUAUCGAGGUCCCUCCUCCAGCUCCAGUACCUAAGAGGAGACCAACAAUACGUCCCAGACCUCGAACCUCUCCUAAGUCUGAAUCUACUUAUACAAAAGGAGAAUCAUCCCAAUCCAGCGCAUUUGCCACUGGCGAGGAUACCACUAGGGAGUCUUCACAAUUUACUGAUCAGCCUGGGGAGAAGAAAGUGGGACAGAGUAGAGUGGAGGGUGAGCCUAGAGAUGGCAACUCUGUUCAAGGAGUUGGAGAUCUUCCUCCAGGAUUUGGAUCCAUGGAAAUAGUAAAUGUCGAUGAUGAUGAUCCAGCAGAAUGUCAAGAACCCUCUAGUAGCGAACAGUACGAUGCCUCGAAGGGUAAGACGGUGGAGUUUGAGAAUCCAAAUAUUUCUUCACAAGAACGAAGUUCUAGGAGCGAAGUCGAGACCGACUUAAAGCCAAAUAAAGUUGGAGAUGAGGUUGUGGAUUCAAAGACUUCUUCACAAGAUGCCAGUUCAAGCAGCAAAGAUAGCAACGACUCCAAGGAAGAGAUAGUUGCAAUUGAUGUCACGGAUGCGAAGAUACCUCCACAAGAGGCCAGUUCAAGCACCGAAGAUGACAACGACUCCAAGACAAAGGCGGUUGCUACUGAGGUUGUGGAUCCGAAGACAUCUCCACAAGAGGCCAGUUCAAGCAGCAAAGACGACAACACCUCAAAGGCAAAGAUACCUGCGUUAGAGGUUCUGAACCCCAAGACUUCUUCACAAUAUGCUACAACCAGUCAUGAAGAGAGUGUGUCAGUAUCUACAGGAGAAGCUAGCGGUAGUCAUCAAGUAUCUACAGGAGAGGCUAGCGGUAGUCAUCAAGGGAAUGUACAAGAAUGUCCACAAGUUCUUGUCCCACCAAGAGUCCACCGACGAUUGAGUAAUAUCUCAGAAGACUAUGAAAGUCUUAGUUUGCCAGGGAACAUCUCAGACGAUGAGAUUCCUGCUUGGAGGAGGAAACUGAUCAAAGUUGUUAGUAUAUGUUGCUUCUGCAAUACUACGAACCAGCCGUAACAGAGAUCUUAUCCAUUUGUGACUGCGUGAAGAGUGAACUCCUCUCAUGCACCAUCGUCUACCGUCAUGUCAUCUUCUUGGUGUAAAUGUUUGACCAAUGUGUGGCUACAUUGGAACGAUACAGUUUUUCCUUUACAGAGUUUUUCGUCUUCCUGUUACUAGCACACAGACAAUGGAAUAAAAUUCAGGAGAGUUCGUGAAAGGAUGAGUCACCUAUCAAGAGAAAUAUAGGCGACCUGACCUCGGAAUUUUCGAUUUUUGUUGAAGCUUGGGGCCCUGUUCUAGUCAGUAUGCUGAGAAAAGAGAGAUGAAUUUAUUCAAUGCCAAGACGUAUUUAUUUGUCUAAAGCUUCUACGAGGAAAGCAGUCUCAUCUUCAAUCAUUAAAUGUUCAAGCUCAAGGUUGCAAGGAGUAUGACGUUCUAAGCACAGUGGAACGAAAUCAACGGUGUGCAAGAAUUUAGUGGAAUUUCAAGAUUUGUCAAGAACGCCCAAUAGUGAAGUCCGACCUUGGCAAUAGAAUCACUCAAAAUUGUUUGUCAAAUGGAUUCGAAUUGGUAUUUUUAUCAACCUAUCGCAAUUGAAGAGCUCAUUCCCUUGAAAAUCGAAGCCACCGAAGACCUAACCUCAUCAUGUAUACGUCUAAGCACGACAUUCUGAUCAUUCAUGC